AUGGGUUCGAUUAUUAAUAAAGACUUCAAGAGAAAUUUGAAUGAAAAAACUCUUGUUGCAUCAUGAUCCCUAGGUGGAAAUCCAAUACAAUGCGAUUGUCACUUGGCAGGGGUAAUGAGGACUUUUAUGGACACGAAUCGACAAGGCGUUUUUGCCUCCUCAGGCGUUAUUUGCGAUGCCAGUAGCUCUCAAUUCCCUGGAGCUGUUGGGGCAAAUGUUCUGGGUUUACUCGGCUGUCCUCUUGGUGUCAUCCCUCCAAUACCCCAGACCUGUCAACAGCGCCAGACAGCUCAACUUACAUCAUGUCAGACAGUGUGUUCUUGUGACACCUCUGGAUUCGUCUCUUGUAUUGGGAAGAAUUUGAAAUUGGUGCCUCAAGAUUUGCCCGAAAAUAUCAUUAGUUUAAACCUUGAGGGAAACGAAAUAGAAGACGUCUCACCUGAUGCAUUCUCCGGAUUGAGGCGACUAUCAUCACUAUACCUGACUGACAACAAGAUUCGAACUUUUACCUCAAACACGUUUAAGGAACUAUCAUCUUUAACUAUACUGUAA